UAAGUGUGCUUUUAAUUUAAGAACAAAUACAGACACUGACUACACUGACUCAACUCAUUUAUUUAUUAUUUUCCGUUUGUAUACAGUUACACCAUGGAGAGCCGCAAAUCGACAACUUUACGGGGUUCUGUUAUGCGGAGUUCCCUAAGUGCUUCUCAACGGCCUUCCCAACGCGCUUCCCAAUGGGCCAACCAACGUGCUUCUCAAUUUGCAGCGAUGCGUAUGAGCCGGGCCACUACCAAAAUUGAUAUUCCGAUGAUGGACAAUCGGACUAUUCUUGAAAGGCACAUAAAACGUCAUGAUGAUGAUAAAAGAUAUAUGGGCCAGUUUGACGAUAAACCGAUUACAGAAUAUUUCACGUAUAAGCCGAAGCACGAUGAUCAUGAUAUCUGUCUCAUGGAUCCCAGCUACACCAACUUCAAGGUGCCUGUGGAAGUGAGGUGCAGGGAGCGCCUAAUGAGUGACACCAUCAGGUACAAUCGCCAGCUUAAUACUGAGAUUUCUAAAUUGAUUGAAUACCAGAAUACCGCUCUCGAGGCGGCCUACUUUGUGCGCGUGAUGUCCUACACCACCUUGUGGCCACCUUAUCACAGUAAUGUGGAGAUAGAUAACACAAACCGUAACUUUUACCGAUUGUCCAAGAAGGAGCAGGAUCGCUUUGACUUUAUUAUGUCACAUGAGUUUUCCUGAAUGAACUUCUGAAUGUAUGGAAAUAUAAAUUUUGCAGUGCGCAGCCCUUACCUGGAACCAUGUCCGUAAAGUAAAACUAAUGUAUUGCCCAAAUAUUUAUGCGAUCUUCGGAAUAAAUAAAAAUAUAUAACAAACUGCAUAGACAAGAGGUGCAGCCUGAGACGGUUAUUGCAAUGCAAAAUGUCACAAAGUUCGCCGGAA